AUUUUUUAGAACAAUUUUUUCAGGCUUAAAAUGGACAUUAUACUUCAACCAAUUUUUACUGUACUAAAAGUUCCAGAACUCAAACUGAAAAGACCUUCCUGGAUUCACACCCCGGCACCAUACACGGUGUUCGCGUUUGUUCUGCUUUCCUACUUUCUAGUUACAGGAGGAAUUAUCUACGAUGUUAUUGUUGAACCUCCCAGUGUUGGCAGUACAACUGAUGAACAUGGGCAUACCAGGUAUAGUAAAGAAAGGGUACUGUACCCAAAUUAGCAUCGCAUUGGAUUU